CACUAGGUCAGCGCUAGCCGAAGGUAUUUUACAAAGGAUCGUCUUUAGCUGUGUUUCGCGCUGACAGGCCAGCAUUCGUGUUCGCGUUGCCUCUUGGUGUUUGUGCGCGCGGGAGUGGCAGCGGCGGUGGCGCGGAUCUGGACUCCCUCUGGAAAGCGUCCCUCUCCGACACCGCGCGCGCACACAUAUCCCCCGCUCUCUCUCUCUCUCUCUCUCUCUCUCUCUCUCUCUCUCACACACACACAUAGACACACACACUGCGUGUUUCAGGAAAAACAGCUCUUAAUUCGUUCCACGCGGCGGAACGGAGCUCCACCGAGGAACUGCGGCUCUGCGAGAACCUCUGGAGAUCCCACCGUCGAGGGAGGAGAUGGUUUCAAGGCAGAGGAAACCAAACAGCCAAGUGGUUUGCUGGAUCAAGUCUGGGGUCCCACCUGCAGCUGAGCAAGCUUUUCACCCUGAUCCACCACCUCUGCCUCUCGAGAGGGGUGGGCGUGCAUAAGUCUCUCGUUUCUAAUUGGCCGGAAAGGGUCCCACGUUCUCUACUCCAGGGGGGCCGUUGCAACGCACGCCAGCGGAGGAGCAGAUCCCAUGCGCGGUACGCUCCAGUCUCCUGUAUGUCGUUUUACAGCUGGUUCUAAAGCAUGGUGGUCUGGAAAUAAGACCCAACAUAGCUCCCUUGGCGGAUCAGUACUCUAGAGUCCUCCCCGAGUGAGGGAGAGGUGGAGGAGAGAGGGCAAAAUCCAGGUGGGAGUAAAUAAAAAAAGAAAGAACAGGGAAGAAAGUGAGAGGUCCGUCACUGAAACUGGACUCUGAUUGGAUGUCAGAUGUCAGGGUCUCUGCAUUGUUCUCCCCUUCCUGGGAAGAAGAACAGGUGAAAAAAGAGACACCAUGAGGAGGCCCUGUGCUGCAGAGCGUAGCCUGCCAUGGAAUGACCCGGAAUGGGGACUGUGCUGACUGCCUUGCUGCACUUAAAGUUGUGAUUGCAACUGAAAAGCUCUUCUCUCCAGACAUACUUGGCCCCUUGACACUGUCACCAUUACCUAUUUUCUGAAUCUGUGCCCCUUUGAUACUCCCUGAGUUAAACCCAAGCCCAAAAACAAAAUUCUUUUCCUUCCCCCAACUCUCACACAGUUUUGUUUCCAUCAUGAAGAUCUUCUUCCCUUUGUCUGCCCAUCCUUGUCCUUCCAUCUCAACACUUCUCUUCUCCCUACUCCCACUUCUUAUACUCUUGAGGCUGCCGGUGCUGGUGCAGGGUGACUGCUGGCUUAUAGAGGGGGACAAGGGCUAUGUGUGGUUGGCCAUCUGCAGCCAGAACCAGCCCCCCUAUGAGACUAUCCCCCAGCACAUCAACAACACAGUGCAUGACUUGCGCCUCAAUGAGAACAAGCUGAAAGCUGUCCUGUUCGCUUCACUGAGUCGCUUCACUAACCUGACCGAUCUAAAUCUCACCAAGAAUGAAAUUUCCUACAUAGAGGAUGGAGCCUUUGCAGGGCAGGCCAACCUGCAGGUUUUGCAGCUGGGCUACAACAAGUUGACCAAUCUGACGGAGGGCAUGCUUCGGGGCCUGGGGCGCAUGCAGUGCCUCUACCUGCAGCACAACCUCAUUGAGGCCGUUGCUUAUAAUGCCUUCUGGGAAUGCCCUAGCCUCAGCAGCCUGGACUUAUCCUCCAACAAGCUGGCACGCUUGGAUGCCUCCACCUUCACCAGCCUCAGCCGACUGAUGGUGUGUGAGCUGGCUGGAAAUCCUUUCCACUGCAACUGCGAGCUCUAUAGUUUCCUCACCUGGCUUGAAGCCUUCAACAACGUGACCCACACCUACGAUCGGCUGCAGUGUGAGACCCCUCGGGAGUUCUUUGGCUUCCCUCUGCUGAGUCCUGUUGCCGGUCAUGGGCGAAAUGCCCGCACCAUUCUGUCAUCAAUGUGCCGGGACGGCAUUUUCAUUACCGGGAUAACUUCACUACCCCCAGAUUCUGAAUCCUCAGGCGUAGGGCCAGACAUGUCAGACCGUGUUGGACCUUUUCACCAGCCUACCACCUCUUCUUCUGCUGACUCCAGCUACAGCCCUAGUAUCAAGCUUCAGCGUGUUUCAUUGACCACAGCCUCCUUGUUGGUCCAAAUCCCCAGACCCUACAGCAAGAUGUACAUCCUGGUGCAGUACAACAACAGCUAUGUGUCUGAUGUCAUGAACCUUAAAAAUAAGAAGGAAAUUGUAACCCUGAGCAAUCUCAAGGCCCACACUAACUAUACAUUUUGUGUGGCCUCAAUUCGUGCUUCCCAGCGUUACAAUCACACAUGCCUGUCCUUUGCUACACGUAUGCUGAAUUCAGACAACAUAAGACCCACUCCUUCCACCACUACUCACUACAUAAUGACUAUCCUGGGUUGCCUCUUUGGAAUGCUUAUCGUGCUAGGACUGGUCUACUAUUGUUUGCGCAAACGCCGCAUGCAAGAGGAGAAGCAAAACUCCAUUUGUGUCAAGAAGACUAUUCUGGAGAUGCGAUAUGGGCCAGAGGCAGCUGCAGCUGCCGCAGCUAGCGACCCUUCAGCUGUACAGAAGCUUCAUGAGCACCACCAGCACCACCACAGCAAGCUUCCACCCUCAGCCUCAUCUAGCACUGGGAUGCUGCAUGGCUCAACUGCCACAAGCUCUUCCCGCCUCUCUUCCAUUCCCCAGGUGGAGAAGAUGGUCACUGCUUUUUCUGAAGCCAUGGCCUCAAAUAAAGGGAACUACAUGGAUGUGAGAACUUCUGUGUCUGGGGAGGACAGAAGUAGAGACGGUGGACUGCCAGGCAUGGGAGAUGAUAGUUUACAAGAAGAUGAGGUGUCCGACAUUGGUGAGGACUCGGAUGAUGAUGGCCGAGGUUCUGCAUCAGAAAUCUCCACUAUUGCCAUGGAGGUGGACAAAGUCAACCAGAUCAUCAACAACUGCAUUGAUGCUCUUAAGCUGGACUCUGCAGCUGUGGCAGCUGCGGCUGCUGUGGCUGCCUCCACAGUAACAAGUCCCACGUCCCCCCCUCCAACUUGCACAUCUCCUUUGACCAGGGGCCACAUCCCCAUGUCAUCUGGCAUUACUGAAACUUGUCAGAUCUUAGCUUCUCCAAAAAUUCCACCGCCACCUCCUCUUCCCUUUUCCCUGCCUCACUCAGAAAGGCCAGGGAUCAGUGGUGGUGGCUUUCUCUCCCCUCCUUAUCGCCCCCCUCCACCUGCCACAGCAGUCCGGCCUUUGCAGAGGCACUUGAGUGCAGAUGCAGCAGUGGUGGUUAUGGGGUCUGCCAAGAAGCAAUGUAGUGUCUCCUCUAGUGGCUCUGUGAAGAGUGCCCGCGUCUUUAGCCUAGAUGUCCCUGAUCCCCGGAGCAUGGACCCAUGUCAUUAUCAGGAGAAGGGUAGCCCAGUAGGGUGCGGGGAGCCCCUAGACAGACUUCCCCUGGUGGGGUCUGGGGGAGGUGGGAGUGCUGGCAGUGGCGGUGGCAGCAGCAGUGGUGAAGCUGGUGUAGGCCCAGGUGAUCAACCACAGACGGAGGCGCAUUCGGACUUCCCCUGCGCCGAGCACCGUCACUCUGUCCCAGCCCUCUACUAUGAGGGUUCUGCCAACUCUCCCACCCAGAAAGCCUCCUUUCUCAAUCCCCUUACCCGUGCCAAGAGAGACGCUACCUCCUACUCCCAACUCUCACCUCGUCACCACAACUUCUCUGGCUACUCCUCCAGCCCUGAGUACUCCACUGAGAACACGCUUAGGAUCUGGGAGCGCUUCCGACCCUACCGGAAGACCCCUCGGGAGGAGGCCUGCUACGUGACGGCGGGGAACGCCCUGCGUAAGAAGGCCCUGACCAACCACAGAUGGGGAUGGGAUGAAGGGUGGUAUGCUGAUCAAAGUAGGUCUAAAAUUUCAACGUCACGCAGGUUUGUCCGUGUCCAGGAGAAAGGGUGGAUGUGGCCAUACCCCCACUGACAGCUACUGUAAAUCUGUAAUGGAGGCAUCAAUUUCCGGUAAACACUGGCUCUGAAGGCUCGCUGUCAGCUUUACACUUAUGUAUACCGAUAUCUUUACUCAUAAUUUAAAACCCUCAGAUCUCACCAGCUGACUUUUAAGUUGCAUAUGUAUUUCAGGAGACUGCCUCAAAAUAUUUCCCAAGGGGCACUGGGUGUUUCCUGUAGAUGUAUUUUCUAAUAUUAGGAUUGCGGCAACAGUUUUGACCUUAAGCUUGUCUAAGUGACAUCCAAUUUACUGGCCUGUAUUCUUUGUACCCAUUGAAAAAUGUAGGUGGGAAUCAGAAGCAAAAGCUUGCUUGAAAAGGAAUGCUGUUUUCUGCAGUGCCUUAAAGUUUUCACCUUGAGUUGAAAGUUACUACCAAGUAAUCUUUUUUUUUUUUUUUUUUUUUUCUAUCCGUGGCUUACUCUUUUUCCUGUUUACGUUAGACAGGUUUAUUUUGUCAUUGAAUCACUGAGAGAAGGAACUGUCAGACAUGAGCAGAAUCAAGUGCUGGAUUUGCACGAGCUCAGAGAUUGUUAAAGGACAAAAAAAAUGGGGCUCCAGUAAAGGAUGUCCUGAGUGCAGUUUUCAACAUAGGGUCUCCUUAACUGGAUUAACUCAAGAUCCAGCUUUCCAUCUGUCAUCUGACUCAAGGUAAAAUAACAUUUAUACGUGGAUAUAUAGGUAGAAGAGAAGAAGAGAAAUGGGUGAACAAUGAAAAGAAAGAAAAGGAAUGUGACAGGGGACAGGGAUGGUGUGACAUUUAAUCUGACACAUGAAAGGUGGUUAAGUAUGAUGUAAUGGAGCCUUUGACAUUUGAAAGAUGAGGGGGAGGUUGGGAAGGAAAAGAAGAAGAGAGAUGUAACAAAGGGAGAAAAGUUGGAAAAUUUAUUGAAAUUAUGAAAUGCCUAACAGAACAAGAAAGAUUCUUUUUUUCCCAAUGGUGUUGUGCUCAUUAAUUACUGGGGCCUACAAGUUGGACCCUGUGCACUGACAGGUGAUACCUAUUGCCCGAGUGAAAAUCAUCAAUCCAUAUGAAUCAAUCCAAUUUGUGUCGUGCCACUUAAUAUAUGUGGUUUCAAUGUGUCCAUUUGUGUGCCAUGUGUCUAAUUUGGUGCAACGAAUACACUACGUUUUGAAAACACCCUAAUGUCUCUCAUUAAUUGUGCGUAUUACAUAUUUCUUCAUAAUGACCACAAAUCUGUGUGACAUUUGCAGGAUUCCCCUUUUAGUAGUUAGAAGUAUUCAUACAACACACAAAAUCAUCUUUAUGAUUACUCGUUCAUUUAGUCCCCCCAAAGUCACUUACAAUGUUAGGUAUAUGGACUAAACUUAGUUAUUUGCCCAUUUGAACAGCUGGGUAAUUUGUACCGGAGUAAUUCAAUGUAAGUAGAACUGAAGGUUCUACAGACGGCGCAGAAUUCAAACCUUCAAUUAGAAAGUGACAGCUGAUACCCCUGUUACUCACUGGCGCCUUCUCUCGUUCACACUACUUCAGGUUUCUUGCUAAAUUUUUGGUUCUUUAACUAAGUCCCUUCUCUAACCACGAGAGAAGCCUUCUUCGUUGGAAGAGCGUAUGAUCAUACCUGUGGUUAAGUGUACUAACAGUGGAGCCUGGUUCUGAUGGGACUUGCAUUAGCGUGGAAUUUUCACAUUAGCGUGGUUCAGACGCAUUCUGUUUGACGGAAGCGGAUCGGAAAAAAGCACAUGUUGAUUUUUUUAAUGGGCUGUUUGGCCACAAAGAUGUGAUUUAAGGUUCAGCCAGUUUUAACUUUGAGCAGCAUAUUGACAGACUGAAAGAAAGGAGCACUGAGGAUUUUAAACAAAACCCUAAUUACUGCGGCAAUUAAUAAGAAAAGGCAGGUACAGCCUUCAGAGUUUCUACUGUUUUUGCAGUCUUUUGAUUUACAUUAGCUGUUUUUAGAGGCAUCAUAAGAGAAAUGACAUGGAAAUGUAGGUGUUUCCGGGGGUGUUUCAACAAGGCAGUUUGAAGAAAAUUCUUUUCCUUUUGUGCUUUUCCUUUCAUUGCACUCGCUUGUUGAUUUCCAUGAUUCACGCACUGCCGUAUAGCAGGUCGUGGAGGAGGCUACAUUACUAGAAUAAGGCUAAGAAAUGGUUUGCUUGGGACUAACUGCCCUUGUUUGCAUUUGUAAACCACCCCUUUUAUGUACACACAAAUAUAUAUGUGUCUAUUGAGAACAGUUAUCAUUAAGAAGCAAAUUUUAGUUUUGGAACUUCGCCCGGCUUGGUUGAGCUUGCUUACUGAAAUAUUACGUGCCAAAAUGUGGGAUGUGUUGCCAACGGUAGAUUUUUAUCAAAUAUAGGAAAAUGUUUUGUUUUUUAUUUUGUUUAGUUAGAUUUUCUCCCAUCUAAUUUUUUUAGUCUUUGAGUUCUUGUUACAAAGACUUGGGAAACAAAUACAACAAUCUGUGAAUUUUGUACACUUAAAUAACAUAUGACUUUUUUACCGAGCUCGAUCUGUAUGUCAUUGUUCUUAUUUUUCUUUUGGGGUGAGAUGCUUCAGGGAAGGGAAGUUUUUGGAUGGGUUAGGGAUACACAGUGAUCUGUAUUAAAAAGUAAGAAAAAAAAAACAUU